AUGGGAGGCGGUGACAAUAUGUCUAAUACAACAACAAAAACUGAACAAAAGAAAAAUCAUCUCCAAAGAGUGAAAUGUUCAAAGCCCCCUUUUACGAUUGGUGAUAUUAAGAAGGCCAUCCCUCCUCACUGCUUUCAGCGAUCUCUUCUUCGCUCAUUAUCUUAUCUAGCUCGUGAUCUUAUAUUUGUCUGCAUCUUCUAUUAUAUUGCCAUUACUUACUUCCACGUCCUUCCAUCCCCGUAUUAUUAUUAUUACCUAGCAUGGCCUAUUUACUGGAUCGUUCAAGGUUGUGUUUGCACUGGAAUAUGGGUCAUUGCCCAUGAAUGUGGCCACCACGCGUUUAGUGAUUACCCAUGGAUAAAUGACACUGUUGGUUUUAUUCUCCACUCUGCACUUUUAACACCAUACUUCUCAUGGAAAUAUAGUCAUCGGCGUCACCAUUCCAAUACUAAUUCACUUGAGUAUGAUGAAAACCAUGUGCCCAAGCUUAAAUCCCAAUUAAGGUGGUACACCAAAUUAUACACAAACAAUUCACUGGGACGAUUAUUCAUACUUGCCUUCACCCUUAUUGCUGGCUUGCCUUUGUACUUUGCCAUUAAUAUCGCUGGCAGACCUUAUGAUCGCUUUGCAAGUCAUUAUGAUCCAUAUAGCCCGAUUUAUAAUGACCAUGAGAGGCUACAAAUUUACAUAUCGGAUGCAGGUGUGAUUGCAACUGCUUACGUGUUGUAUCGCGUUGCUUUAGCACAAGGACUAGCUUGGAUUGUAUGCAUCUAUGGGGUACCCCUCCUAAUUGUGAAUGGCUUCAUAGUGUUAAUCACCUUUCUGCACCAUACACAUCCCUCAUUGCCACAUUAUGAUAAAUCCGAGUGGGAUUGGCUAAGAGGAGCAUUAGCUACCGUAGACAGAGACUAUGGUGUUCUAACUAAGGUCUUCCACAAUAUUACAGAUACGCAUGUUGUGCAUCACCUAUUCUCAACCAUGCCACAUUACCAUGCAAUGGAGGCAACCAAAGUUGUCAAGCCAUUACUAGGAGAAUAUUAUCAAUUUGAUGGUACCCCAAUUUAUCAGGCAAUGUGGAGGGAUUUAAAGGAGUGCAUCUAUGUGGAAAAAGAAGAAGAAUCUCUCAACAAAGGUGUUUAUUGGUAUAACAACAAGAUCUAG